AUGCCUCACCUAUUUGAAGCAAGAUUGGCUGAAUACAAAGGAAGAAGAGACUAUGCAAAUGGAGUCGCAAGGAACGAGCCCGCCGGAUCAGAUUCAAAUGUUUAUAAACGACUUGACGCCCUGGAAUACAUCUUACAAACGAGAAAGAAUGAUGGCAACGAGAAUAAUCAAAUUCCAAAUAUCAAAUCGAUAAUGGAAGCAUAUAGAUCAAAGAGCCUUCCAUGGGCGAUAGGUCUUGUUACAUACUGGGCAAAGGGCAAACAAUUGUGCCAGCCACGCCCUUUUGACUGGGAUGAGUUUGAGGCUAUCAAUGCUGCAAAUGAAGGCCAUAAAAGUUUCUGGGUAGAAGGGAUUCUAGGACCCGGUCCUAGAGUACAGCGUCCGACAUUAGUUGUACCUCUAAAUGAUACCUGGACAUUCACUUACGGCGUUGCUCUUAGACUGCCUGGUUACGACUGGUGGGUUGAAAUGCUCUUUCUAUACGACACAGCAGCAUCGUAUAUGACUCUCUACGAAGGGGACCUGGACGUUUUGAUUGGACCUAACCACAUCGCAAACCCUCCACCAAUUCCAAUUCUUGGAGAUGGCACUGCACAUACUGCCAAUGGUCUUUCAACAAACAGCUAUUUUGAAAUUGAGGCGACAGUCCUGGAUGGAAAAGGAAAGCGAAUGACAAGGUGGACUAGAUUAAUAUGUUGUUUGGAGCGAGGGCAUCAUCCAACAGAUACUCCGGCGGAUCGAUCUGAUGGGCCGUUUUUACGCUGGCUGCUCUUUACCUCCACAACACCAGAUGAUGAAAACGAUAUAAUUUUUUCGACUUCAAAAACUGCCAUGAACUUGACAAACAGUCUUCCAGUUGAGAAAAGAGGGUCACCUUACGACGGAGCAGUUCCUGGAUUCUAUCCAACAGCUAGAAAAAGGCCACUCGAGACUAUUCAUCGAAGAAUCGGGUUGAGUCCUCUCUUUGGGAGGGGCCAGCAAAAUCCACCACCUAGGGGGAGGAGGGUUCCUGAAUGA